CGCGGUGACAUCAGCCGUGAAAAGGGCGCGGGCGGCGGCAUCCGGCACUGCCGCCCCGGGAGAGCGGGACCGGCGCCGCAGGUAGGGAGGGGCUGGCACCGGGCACCGGGAGCAGACCGCUCCACCGUCAGCAUGGCAAACCGGGGCCCGUCCUACGGGCUGAGCCGGGAGGUGCAGCAGAAAAUCGACCGGCAGUACGACCCCGAGCUGGAGCAGGUGCUGGUGCGCUGGAUCCUGGCGCAGUGCGGCGGUGACGGUGGCAGCGCGGUGACACAACCGGCRCCCGGGAGGGACGGCUUCCAGCAGUGGCUCAAGGAUGGCACCGUGCUGUGCCGGCUCAUCAACAGCCUCCACCCGCGGGGACAGGCGCCCGUGGCCAAAAUCCAAGCAUCGGCCAUGGCCUUCAAGCAGAUGGAGCAGAUCUCGCAGUUCCUGCAGGCGGCCGAGCGUUACGGCAUCGCCGCCACCGAUAUCUUCCAGACCGUGGAUCUCUGGGAAGGGAAGAACAUGGCAUGCGUGCAGAGGACCCUGAUGAACCUGGGCAGCCUGGCCGUGGCCAAAGGCGACGGGCUCUUCGUGGGAGACCCCAACUGGUUCCCCAAGAAAUCGCAGGAGAACCGGCGCGUCUUCUCCGAGGACAAGCUGAAGGAGGGCCAGAGCGUCAUCGGGCUGCAGAUGGGCACCAACCGGGGCGCCUCGCAGGCUGGCAUGACGGGCUACGGGAUGCCCCGGCAGAUCCUCUGAGCACCCCCCCGGGCAUCGCCCCCCCACCAGGGACCACCCCCCAAAACUGCCUUAACCCCCCCUGCCAUGGAGCAGCCGGGUGUCCCCCGGCCCCUCGGCGGGUUUUAUCAGGACCAAAGUCAUUUUUUUUUUUUAUUAUUAUUAUUCGGCUGGGUGGGGGCGGUGCCGCUGCACCCACCACCCCCUCUCGCAGUGCCUUGGGGGCUGCUGCAGGGCCCCCCCAGCGCGUUGGGGACCAACCCCCGUACCCCAAUAAACGGCUCUUGUUCUU